AUGCCCCUCAGCAGUCUCUGGCCUCGUACACGGCUGCCAGCAGAGGCGGACACCAGGCCUCAGUGGCCCUCGACGCCCCUUCUCCAGGAGAGCACAGGCCGCCGCCAGCCGCAGCCAUUAGCCGCCCGGCCGGGCUGGUCGCGCGGGCCGCCCAGCCCCGGCCUCGCCGCGCAGCCUCCCGCGCCACCGCGCCGCCGCGCCCGCUCCCUGGCGCUGCUCGGAGCCCUGCUGGCCGCCGCCGCCGCCGCCGCCGUCCGGGUCUGCGCCCGCCACGCCGAGGCCCAGGAGGCCGCGCGGCAGGAAUCAGCGCUGAAGACCCUGGGGACAGAUGGCCUUUUUCUCUUUUCCUCCUUGGACAUUGACGGGGAUAUGUACAUCAGCCCUGAGGAGUUCAAACCCAUUGCUGAGAAGCUAACAGGGUCAACUCCUGCGGCCAGCUACGAGGAGGAGGAGUUGCCCCCUGACCCUAGCGAGGAGACACUCACCAUAGAAGCCCGAUUCCAGCCUCUGCUCCCGGAGACCAUGACCAAAAGCAAAGAUGGCUUCCUAGGGGUUUCCCGCCUUGCCCUGUCCGGCCUCCGAAACUGGACGGCCGCAGCCUCGCCAAGUGCAGUGUUUUCCGCCCGCCACUUCCAGCCCUUCCUUCCCCCGCCAGGCCAGGAGCUGGGCGAGCCCUGGUGGAUCAUCCCCAGUGAGCUGAGCGUGUUCACUGGCUACCUAUCCAACAACCGCUUCUAUCCGCCGCCGCCCAAGGGCAAGGAGGUCAUCAUCCACCGGCUCCUGAGCAUGUUCCACCCUCGACCCUUUGUGAAGACCCGCUUUGCCCCUCAGGGGGCCGUGGCCUGCCUGACUGCCAUCAGUGACUUCUACUACACCGUGAUGUUCCGGAUCCACGCCGAGUUCCAGCUCAGUGAGCCGCCCGACUUCCCCUUCUGGUUCUCCCCGGGUCAGUUCACCGGCCACAUCAUCCUCUCCAAAGACGCCACCCACGUCCGCGACUUCCGGCUCUUCGUGCCCAACCACAGGUCUCUGAAUGUGGACAUGGAGUGGCUUUAUGGGGCCAGUGAAAGCAGCAACAUGGAGGUGGACAUCGGCUACAUACCCCAGAUGGAGCUGGAGGCCAUGGGCCCCUCAGUGCCCUCGGUGAUCCUGGAUAAGGAUGGCAGCGUGAUCGACAGCCACCUGCCCUCGGGGGAGUCCCUGCAGUUUGUGUUUGAGGAGAUCAAGUGGCAGCAGGAGCUGAGCUGGGAGGAGGCUGCCCGGCGCCUGGAGGUGGCCAUGUACCCCUUCAAGAAGGUCUCCUACUUGCCGUUCACUGAGGCCUUCGACCGAGCCAAGGCUGAGAACAAGCUGGUGCACUCGAUCCUGCUGUGGGGGGCUCUGGACGACCAGUCCUGCUGAGGUUCAGGGCGGACUCUCCGGGAGACUGUCCUGGAAAGUUCGCCCAUCCUCACCCUGCUCAACGAGAGCUUCAUCAGCACCUGGUCCCUGGUGAAGGAGCUGGAGGAGCUGCAGAACAACCAGGAGAACCCAUCCCAUCAGAAGCUGGCUGGCCUGCACCUGGAGAAGUACAGCUUCCCAGUGGAGAUGAUGAUCUGCCUGCCCAAUGGCACUGUGGUCCACCACAUCAAUGCCAACUACUUCUUGGACAUCACCUCCAUGAAGCCCGAGGAAGUCGAGAGCAAUCUCUUCAGCUUCUCAUCCACCUUUGAAGACCCAUCCACGGCCACCUACAUGCAGUUCCUGAAGGAGGGACUCCGGCGUGGCCUGCCCCUCCUCCAGCCCUAGAGUGCCUGCGGGGCCGGACAGUAUCUGAUGCACAGGCCCCCGCACGCCAGAGCCAGAGUGUUCCUCAGCCCAUUUCAGACUGCAGAUGCCGCCUACUCCCACCCCACUCCUAGGCUGCCUUGGGGGGUACAAGCUCCACUGAGGGUGGCCACCACAGCCCUGGCUCCAUGGUGGCAGGUAGACAAGGGGUGCCUGGGCUGGCUGGGCAGAGGAACCUCUAGCUCUGACUGUCACUCUCCGCUCUCCCUACCCAUUUGGCUCUGGAAAGCUGCUUGGCACCCCCAGAUGAGGGCCUGGGUGAACUCUCUGGACCUUUUCCAGUGAGCCGCACAGUCUAGGCCCUUGUUGGGUGAAGAAUGGAAGGAGGAGCAGGCUAGGAAGACAGGGCCACCACCCUCCUUGCUUUCAGCCCUUCCCACAGGAAACAUCAAGAAGCCCCAGCCAGGAGGGGCCAGGCUUCCAAGGCGGCUCUCCUGUUUAUCUAGAGCCUUCGUUCCUGGCCAUACCCUGGGCUGCCCUCCUGUGCCUGAUGUCCCCAGCUGGGGUCGGUCUCAGCAGGAGCCAGUCUUCUGGAGCCUCUGGGCAGAACCCUCCAUUGAAGCGGAAAUCAGACUGGACCCCCUGCGGCUUCCCUGACCAUGCCACUGACCAGAUGUCUGGGGAAGUUUACUGUGAAGGGGCUUCUGCCUUUAGCAAUGGGGCACACUAAGGGGGUUCCCGAGGCCUAGAGCCAAAGCACUCCCACCACCUACCUUAGCACAGGGUCUCCACAGGACUGCGGGAGCCAGCGCUUCUGCUGCCCCUCCUGUCCCUCAGACCUCGCAUGCACAGAAGCACAGCCCGGUCAAAGACCACAGCCUUCUCCAGAGCCGGCGCUGUCCGGCAACCAGGGUGCCCCAGGCUAGCUCUUCUACCACUGGGGCACCACGGACUCCCCUUGGCCACUCUUGGGACUUUGGUCCACGUCCUGAGCCACUGACCACGGCCAGUCUUUCUUUUUAUAUGUGCAGAAAAGUGUUUUUAUACAAACUUUCUCAUGGUUUGUAGGUAUUUUUUUAUAACCCCAGUGCUGAGGAGAAAGGAGGGGCAGUGGCUUCCCCGGCAGCAGCCCCAUGAUGGCUGAAUCCGAAAUCCUCGAUGGGUCCAGCUUGAUGUCUUUGCAGCUGCACCUAUGGGAAGAAAUAGUCCUCUCUUCCUUCUCCUCUUCAACUUUUUAAAAACAGUCCUCAGAGGAUCCACGACCCCCCAGCACUGUCCCAUCCUCUCCACGCAGGCCCACAGGCGCACCCGCACUCUUUCAUUAAGGCCUUGAAGUCAGGCUGCCCCCUCCCCAGCCCCCAGUUCUCUCCUCACCCUCUCACCCCACCCGGGGCUCACUCUUAAACCUGGCUGUGGAAGAAGGAAGGCAGACAUCUCUGCAGCCACUCCUGGGCCUUCUAUUCGCCGAGUUACCCCGCUUGCCUUGGGCGUGUUCUCUGAGCCUUCCCUGAGCCUUCCCCAGCCAGUCUUGUUCUCAGUUUUGUUUUGUAUUGUUUUGAGAUGGAGUCUUGCUCUGUCACUCAGGCUGGAGUGCUAUGGCUUGAUCUUGGCUCGCUGCAACCCCCACCCCCCAACCCUGGUUCAAGCAAUUCUGCCUCAGCCUCCCGAGUAGCUGGGAUUACAGGUGCAUGCCACCACACCCGCCUAAUUUUUGUAUUUUUAGUAGAGAUGGGGUUUCACCAUAUUGGUCAGGCUGGUCUGAACUCCUGAACUCAGGUGAUCCACCCGCCUCAGCCUCCCAAAUUGCUGGGAUUACAGGCGUGAGCCACACGCCCAACUUUGUUCUUAAUUUUGUAUUAUCCAAUCAUUGCUAAUAUUACAUGCACUUUCUCACUUAAUCCUCACGACACGCUUGUGAGGCAGAUGCUCAUUGUUCCCAUCUUGAUGAAACUUGAGUCUCAGGGAGGUGAAGUGACUUGCCCAGGGUCACUCAGCCAGGUAGAGUUCAGAUUCAAACCCACAUGUGGCUCCAAAGCCUACGUCUGGAUUUGGGGGUGUUUUUUGGCACAGCACCAUCGCCUCUCUCCCUGCCUGUUUUCCCCAAAAUGGAAAGGAAGGCCUUUUAAACCAGAGUGUCUCACUCCCCUCUGACCUCCAGGCCAGGCAUGAGCCAGCCAGCUCAGCCAGGCUCCCUGUGUCCUGAGAGGAAGUGCCCCCAUCCCCCAUGCCCCUUAUGGGGAGGGAGGGCACCUGAUGUUCUCUGCGCCUCCCCCAUCCUGUCAGGCACUGGUGGGAGGGCAGGGGAGCCCCUGCGAACCCUUCUCCCGCUGCUCUGGGAGAGUCAGUUCCGCAAUGAGCCAGCCUAGUCCCAUGGAAAAUGCUGGUGGCCUGGGCCUUCUGAGGCCUCAUCUGAUGCCUCUGUAGUUCCUGUCCCCCACCAGGCCUUGAGGCUCAGGAUAGGAGAGGGCCCCUGGCUGCCCUCCUGUCACUCCUCUGCCACUUCCCUCCCCUGUCCCCAACAUGCCCUAUAAUAAAAUUAGAGAAGACUGACUA